AUGGGAAUCUCCAGGGUCGAUCGACUAUGGGAUCAAACUCAAUCCUUAUCUUCUCGGCAUCGCUAUCACGGAGUCGUGGACGACCGCCAAUCCGACCAGACCGAGCUCGUCGGAGUCCAUGGUCUCUAUGGUCAACCACCCGCCUCAUCGUUAUCUUCGUUUUUGGAAAUUCCACAAGCAAGGUACUCAUCAGCCGCGCAAUCCACCCCGGUCGACGAGGACGAUCGCCUCCUAGAAUGCGCUGGCAAUAGAGAGACCCCAGCAGUAACGAGGGCGGAGAACGUUGAUCCGAUAUCACGCACGCAGAAGAGAGAUUGGAUUGAUGGUGUGCAUCUCUGCGCUAGGGCUGGUGCCUUUAUACUUCUUAUCAACCUGGUUUUUAUCGCUAUUGCGGCUGGGCUGGCCAGCAGACACCCAGAGAAUGGAAGCUUCUCGGACUCGGCAGUGGUUUUUGAAGGGAGCUGCGAUGUGUCAAAACGAUGGGAUAUUGCUCUACACUUAAUUAUCAACGUGCUCAGCACGUGUAUCCUUGCUGCAAGCAACUACUGCAUGCAAACGCUCAUCUCCCCGAGCCGGGAGGAGGUCGACGCGCAUCAUGCUCGAAAUAAAUGGCUUGAUAUCGGGACUGCGAGUGUUAAGAACCUCUCCGCGAUCGGCAGCGGUCGGCUAGCCUUAUGGGUGAUAUUAAUGAUCACGGCAACUCCGUUCCAUCUAAUGUACAACUCCAUAAUCUUUGGAUCUUCAUCAACGACCCAAUAUGGUGCCGUGGUUGGACCUAAGGAUUUGAAUCCAUCAAACAUAUGGAACCUUACGACCCCGGGGCUAGAAAAAUGCUUCAUGGCUUCCACCAACGAUUUGAGCUGGGAUGAGUUUGCCUCUGAAAUCACAGACGGGAAUUAUAGGCGAAUUUCUACUCAACAAUGUAUCCAGACUUCCAAAACGACCCAGUCGAGAAUCAAGGGGAUCAUCGCUCUUGCAGACAACCUGACUAUUAGCAACGGGGGAAACGCAUCCAUUCUUCAAACAGCUAUCAGAAAUGACGGCUACACAGCCGGUAUAAACAUGUUCCACGGCAGCUUCCUACAAGCCACCCAGUUUUUUAACGAAAGUGCCGGCCUACGUUCUACCAACGCCUGUCAGAAUACGAGUACGGUCCAACAUCACCUCUUGUUUAAUCCUUAUGAGGAUUCAAACAUGGGGCGUACGGGCUAUGGUGUGAAUGGGUAUAAUAUUACAGGAUGUCUGACGAUCAAGGCUCCGGAGCACUGCCAGUUGCUCUAUAGCCCAGCAAUUUCCAUGGGCAUUAUGUUAGCCGGUGGUGCAAAAGUAGCGGCAAUGUUUCUCGCGGCGAGAAUAAGUCGUGGUCGCUUGCCACCUCUUUUGACAAUUGGCGAUGCGAUAGCAUCGUUUUUAACCAAUCCUGAUCCUACCACAGAGGGCUUAUGUUGGCUCACUGCCGCCGAUAUUCAGAAGGGCCAGUGGAAACCUGCCAAUAGAACGGGUAGGUCUAUAAUGACACCGCCAAAUAGCCUAGGUGAGGCUAUCACCUACAAACGUCUCUCAAAGCGGAAAUUUUGGAUGAGAGCAGCAAGCGGCUGGCGUUGGGCAGUAACCCUUUUCAUGUGUCUCUCUUGCAUAAUAGUGGGUACAUGUCUCUUUGAGAUUUACACUAUGUACGGGAUCGACCAAUUUACAAGCGACGUCAAACAAUGGUUCAGCUCAGACAUCGAUACGAGUAGCUACGGUUUUAUAGGAUUACAAAAUAAUGCCUCAUGGACUAUGCUAAGCGCGGUAGUGGUUGCCAACACCCCACAACUGCUCAUCACCAUUAGCUAUUACUGCUAUAAUGGCGUCUUAACAAGCAUCUUGGCCGCCGCCGAGUACAGCUCAUACGGAGUUAAACGCAAACCACUUCGUGUCACCUGGCCUAUCAAAGGCAGUCAGCAGCGGUCGACUUACUGGCUAAGCGUUCCGUAUCAAUAUAACGCACCUAUUUUGGUGCUCUAUAUGGUUCUCCACUGGCUCGUGUCGCAGAGCAUCUUUUAUCUAGUCUUGGUCCCGUAUGACAUGCACGACGAACGGAAUAACUUAUCUACGGUUAGCUCGCUUAGCUAUUCAUCCACACCGAUCCUUUUGUCCGUUCUGGUUGGAGCCCUCAUGAUGCUUAUACUGUUCACGCUGGCGUUCCGAAAAUUUGAUUCCGUGAUCCCCCUGGCGUCAUCUUCUAGUGCUGCUAUCAGUGCUGCGUGCCACCCACCCAAAGAUGAGAACUUGGACACGGCAGCUUUAGGUCUGGUGAAGUGGGGGCAGACGAUCUCACCAGCGCCUUGGGCGAUGGUUAGAUUUCAGGGCCUCAACGAUCAGGAAGAACACUGUAGCUUCACGUCGUUAGAUACAGUGAGCCCCACUACGAUGAAAUUGUAUGCAUAG